UGUUGCAGAUCUUAAGUUCGGUCACCCGCCCCCACCGUGCUGGCCCCCUCCUCGUUUGGACAGCCCUUUCACGUUUCUUCGUCCUGCGUUCACCUUUUCGUCACAAUACAUCUUUAUUCUUCAGUAGGAGUACAUCAGAAAAAAACUGCUUCACUGAACCUAGCGUUUUCUAACCUACUUCUUUUACGACGAACUUGCAACUUGCGUCUGUCUAAUUUGGAGAUAUCCUACCUCGUAGCUUCCUUCGAAGUGCUUUCUGUUUCUUCCCAUAGGCUACGAACACGAUACUGUUGCUGCGUAUACUUGGUGGAUGAAAUAUGGACGAAUUCAAGAGCUGAGCCUAACGAAUGGGUGGCCAGGGAGAGGCACCGCAUCUGAGGAUGAGGCAGAGUGAGGGCCACACUGCCACCGACAGGCCGGGAGGUAAAAGCGCGGGCGUGAUCAUGGAGACGGGGGCCAGGUCCUCCCCUCAGUCAGCCGGCACGGGCACAGGGCCCCAGACGGUAGAACCCUCCGACAGCGACUCGGAGGAACGGGACGAAGGGGAGCGGCAGAGCGCGUUGCCCGUGGCCGCGAAUAGCACCGUAGGGGGAGCUCCAAUGGGCCAGCAGGAGGCGCCAGACGGUGGGUGGGGCUGGGUGGUGCUGGUGGCCAGCAUCCUGGUCCUGGCCCUCACCCUGGCCUUCCCGUCCUGCAUCGGCAUCUUCUACACCGACCUGCAGGCGGCUUUCCAAGCCAGCAACAGCGAGACUUCCUGGGUACCCUCCAUUAUGACGGCGGCGCUGCACGCAGGAGGUCCGCUGUGCAGCGUGCUGGUCGAGCGGUAUGGUUGCCGUGCAACAGUCAUGCUGGGCGGGGUCCUGAGUGGGUUGGGUAUGGCAGCCAGCUCCUUCACCAACAGCAUCAUGGAGCUUUACAUCACUGCCGGGGUCAUCACAGGGCUGGGGUUCUGCUUUAGCUUCCAGGCGGCGGUGACCAUCCUGGGCCAGUACUUCGUGCGGCGGCGCGCGUUCGCCAACGCCAUGUCCUCCACGGGCACCGCCAUCGGCCUGUCCACCCUGCCCUUCCUGGCCGAGUUCCUGCGCAGCCAGCUGGGCUGGAGGGGCAGCUUCCUGGUGCUGGGGGGCGUGCUGCUCAACUGCUGCGUGUGCGGGGCGGUCAUGAGGCCCGUCAGCCCCAAGUACGGGGGCCCCGCGGCGGGCCGAGCGCCGGAGCGCCGCCCCCCGCCCUCCGCGCAGACCAAGGGGGCGGGGCCGGGGGAGCGGGCGCGGGCGUGGCUGAGAGCCGCGGCGGCCUUGCUGUCGCGGAACAUGGCCUUCGACCUGUUCUGCAGCAACCCGCGCUUCGCCGCCUUCUCCCUGGGCGUGACCUGGAUGAUGCUGGGCUUCGUGGUGCCGCUCAUCUUCCUGGUGCCCUACGCCACGACGCACGGCAUGGAGCAGGGCAGCGCCACGCUGCUGCUGGCCAUCCUGGGCUUCGUCAACAUCGCGGUGCGCCCGCCCGCCGGCCUGCUCUUUGGCCUGCCCUGGUUCCGCGGGCGCCACGUCUACGUCUUCUCAGCGGCGCUGCUGGUCAACGGGCUGAGCAACUCGCUGUGCUGCCUGGGGGCCAGCUUCCAGGUGCUGCUGGGAUACGUGCUGACCUACGGCCUGUCCAUGAGCGUGGUGGGCUCCCUGCUCUUCACCGUGCUCAUGGACGUGGUGGAGAUGAGGCGCUUCCCCGCCGCCCUCGGCCUGCUCGCCAUCAUGGAGAGCGUCACGCUGCUGGUGGGCCCGCCCCUCGCCGGCAUGGUGGUGGACCGCACGGGGGACUACACUUACAUGUUCUAUACCUGCAGUGCCAUCGUGGCCUCGUCUGCACUCUUCAUCAUGCUGGCUUUUUACUGGCUGGACAGACGGGACAGGGAGAUGUCACGCCCCUCAAAUGCUGAAGUGGGUCCACAGAAGCCAGGGGUCACCCUCACGCCAAACUGCCAAUAUAACAGCGUGCCGACAGGGGGGGGCCCGGCCCCCACCACAAAGACUGUUGACGUCAGCAGUGUGUGAACACGCACUUGUCGGUGCACACACAGAAGCACACACACACACUUGCACACAGAUGCGCACAGAUAUACACACAUGCACACAUACACACACUCACAUAGACACGCAGACACGCAUGCUCACACACGCGCACAAAAACGCACAUGUUUUUAGUGCACAAAUGUGCACUUUCGUGCAGACGGGUAGUUCAUUAGGAAAUCAUGCACUUUCACCUCCUCAGGCCACUGAAGAUCCGAGUGUCACUCACUGCCUUCAGGACCAAUUCUCACACCAUCUGAAAAUUGCACACCACGUGGAACCCUGCCCAUCGCACUCCUGGCCAAUCGCUGUGGGAAGUGGGCGUGGACUUCAGAGGUGGGACGCGGAAACACCCACCCCCCUCACUCUGACUGUCGGAAAGGAGCUUUCAGAUGCUACCCGACAUUCCGAACGGCAGUUCGCUUGAAGACCGCAGAAGCCUUGACCUCACGCGCAGGAACGUGGAAGUUGGUGCUCU